AUGGCUAAAGAAAUUAAUGUGGUUAUUAUUGGUGAAACAGGAAGUGGAAAAAGUACAUUUAUUAACUAUUUGGCUAAUUUAUUUUUUGAUGGAUCACUAACGAAUUUAAAAGUAGCUAUACCAACAAAAUAUUUAUCAACAAAUUUAAAUUAUCUUCAUAAUGAAGAUGAUUUAGAUGAUGAUACAAAAAGUAAAACAUUAGAUUGUCAAUGUUAUACAUUUCAAAUAGGAAAUGUUAAUUUUAAUUUUAUUGAUACACCGGGUAUUAAUGAUACGGGUGGUUAUUUACAAGAUAAUGAAAAUGUUGAUAAAAUAUUUGAUACUGUACAAACAUUAGACUAUUUAACAGCACUCGUUCUUGUUCUUAAUGGUACACAAGCACGAAUGACGAUUAAUAUUAAAAAUGUUUUAGAACGAUUUCGUGAUCGUAUACCUGAUAUUAUUUAUAAUAACAUGAUUGUUAUUUUAACAAAUUGUCAAAGUCAUACAGUAAAUUUUAAUCCAAAAACAAUUGGUUUAUCAUCUACAUUAAAAUGUUCAGUAUUUUAUAUGCAAAAUUCAGCAUUUUCAAGUGAUUCAUCACAAUGGGAUCCAAUGGUUAUACAAAUUUUACAACGUGAUUGGCAUAUAUCAGUACAAACAAUGAAUGAUAUAAUUAAAAAAUUAAUAUCAUUAACAUCUGUGUCUACAGAAACAUUUAAAACAAUGCAAGAUGAUAGAAAUACAAUUAGAUCAUUAUUACAUGAAUCACGUCUAAUGAUUAUGGAAAUACAACAAUUAGAAGAUGAAAUUAUUGGAUUAGAACAAGCAUCAGAUAUAUAUGGUUCAAAUGUAGAAAAAUAUCAAAAUGCUGUUAAACAAAAAGGUAUAAUGGUUAAUGAAGUAACAGUAACACCGUAUCACAAUACAAUAUGUUUAAAUUGUAAUCAGGUAUGUCAUGAACGAUGUUCAUUAACAGAAACAACAAAAGUGGGUGAAAAAGUAUUUCAACGAUGUGCUGUAAUAGGAUCAAAUGGUAAAUGUACCGUAUGUAAAGGACAUUGUUCAUUUGAUAAUCAUUAUCAUGAUAGAAAAUUGAUAACACCCAUACAACGAACAUUAAAAGCUAUUGCAAAUAAUAUAUAUGAACGAUCAUUAACAGCUAAAGCAGAUAAAGAAAAAGUUGAUAUAAAAUGUGAAACAGUACAAGAGACAAAAAAAUUAAUUGAAAAUGCUUUACAUGAACAAUAUGUUAAAGUAAAAGAGAGUUGUUAUCGUGUUAAAAAUACUUGUAAAGGAUUUAAUGUUGUUGAGGAAUUGUAUAUAUUUGUUAGUUUUUUAAAAAUUGAUUGUAAUUCUUUAAAUUCACAAUCGGUUGUACGUCGAGCAACACGUUUUAUUGAAAAAUUAGAAAAAUUAUGCAAUAAUUUACAAGAUGAUUUUACUGCAGAUAGUAGUAGUAGUACUUCACCAAAUAUGGACAAACGUGAAAAGAGUAGAUCUACAACAAAAUCACUAUUGGAUUUAGAUAUACCAACAGCUAAAAGUGGUAAACCAUCGUUAAUGCCAUCCCCAACACUAACAAAUGAGACAGAGAAAAUAUUUAGCUCAUAUCAUUCACUAACUGAAAAAUCAAGUGCCGAUGAUGUAUAUGAUAAAAAUGAUACAAAACGUUCAACAACGGAUGGUCGUCGACAGCCGGUUUAUCCUAAUGAAUCAUUACUAACUCGAUCAACUGAUGAUAGAGUGACACGAGCAGAUCCUCUAGGAAAAUGUUAUUAUGAAUGUAGUAAUGAAAAACUAAUUGAAAUAAGUCGAGGAAUUCGAGAACAAAAAUCUACUGAUUGUAAAGAAAUUCAAAAGGAAUUAAGUCGACGAUGUGGUGGAACAUCAGUAGGUUAUUUAUCUAAUAAUAAAUUAUUUACAUUAUGUGAACAAUUUUCAAAUUGUCGAAAUAAAUCUGUUGAAGAAUUGUAUAAAUUACAUGGUCGUCUUCAGCAAGAAAUACAAGAGUUAAUUGAUCAUGAUCCAUAUGAUAUUCUUGCGGUACCAUCUGACAAAUUAUUACAUUUAGCAGCUGUUAACCUUUUAAUUCAAAAUCCACGACGAAAUUAA